GCCGGAAGUUGUAGUCCGCUGGGGGCUAACCUCCGCGGGAGGCGGCCGGGGACCCUACAGCCCAGGUGGCGCUGUAGUCUGAGUGACCUCGGGCGGGAGGAGCCUAGGGCCGACAGUCAUGGCUGCGGUGGCGGUGGCCGUUCGCGAAGAGUCGAGAUCCGAAAUGAAGGCAGAACUUUCUCCUCGGCCUGGGGCAGCGGGGCGGGAGAUGACCCAAGAAGAAAAGCUUCAGCUUCGGAAAGAAAAGAAACAGCAGAAGAAGAAACGGAAGGAGGAAAGGGGGGCAGACCAAGACGUUGGCUCUUCUGUAUCUGCAGCUCAGUGUCAAGACCCAACCAGAGAACUCCCAGGACCUGGUAGUCAGUUGGGAGGUCCUGCCGGAGAGAAAGUUCCACCAGCUGGCCGGAGCAAGGCCGAACUUCGCGCCGAAAGGAGAGCCAAGCAGGAGGCAGAGCGGGCCCUGAAACAGGCGAAAAAGGGGGAACAAGGAGGACCCCCUCCUCAGGCCUGCCCCAGCACAGCUGGAGAAGCCACCGCAGGAUCGACGCGUCUCCCUGAGCACACCCAGGCCGAUGACCCCACACUUCUGAGGAGGCUUAUUAGAAAACCAGAACGACAACAGGUUCCUACACGAAAGGAUUAUGGAUCCAAAGUCAGUCUCUUCUCCCACCUGCCCCAGUACAGCAGACAAAACUCCUUGACCCAGUACAUGAGCGUCCCAUGCUCUGUGAUCCACCCAGCCGUGGUACGACUCGGGCUGCAGUAUUCCCAGGGCCUCAUCAGCGGCUCCAACGCCCGGUGUAUCGCGCUGCUCCGAGCCUUGCAGCAGGUGAUUCAGGAUUACACAACACCUCCCAAUGAGGAACUCUCCAGGGAUCUUGUAAAUAAACUAAAACCCUACAUCAGCUUCCUGACCCAGUGCCGCCCCCUGUCGGCAAGCAUGUGCAACGCCAUCAAGUUCCUCAACAAGGAGAUCACCGGCAUGAGCAGCUCCAAGCGGGAAGAGGAGGCCAAGUCGGAACUUAGAGAAGCCAUUGAUCGGUAUGUGCAAGAGAAGAUUGUGCUCGCAGCUCAGGCAAUCUCACGAUUUGCCUCUAAGAAGAUCAGUGAUGGAGACGUGAUCCUGGUGUAUGGAUGCUCCUCUCUGGUGUCACGGAUUCUCCGGGAAGCUUGGGCCGAGGGCAGGCUCUUUCGGGUGGUGGUGGUGGACAGUCGGCCCCGACUGGAGGGAAGGCACAUGCUCCGUUCUCUGGUCCGCGCCGGGGUCCCCACCUCCUACCUUCUCAUUCCUGCAGCCUCCUAUGUGCUCCCAGAGGUUUCUAAGGUGCUGUUGGGAGCCCAUGCACUCCUGGCCAACGGAUCUGUGAUGUCACGGGUAGGAACAGCACAGUUGGCCCUCGUAGCUCGAGCACAUAAUGUUCCAGUCCUGGUCUGCUGUGAGACAUACAAGUUCUGUGAACGUGUGCAGACUGAUGCUUUUGUCUCCAACGAGCUGGAUGACCCCGACGAUCUGCAGUGUAAGCGGGGAGAACAGGUGGCCCUGGCGAACUGGCAGGACCACUCAUCGCUCAGGUUGUUGAAUCUGGUCUAUGAUGUGACUCCCCCUGAACUCGUGGAUCUGGUGAUCACAGAACUGGGCAUGAUCCCUUGUAGCUCUGUGCCUGUUGUCCUUCGAGUCAAGAGCAGUGACCAGUGAAAGGGAGCGGGGGUCAAUAAAAACUUACUCCCUACCCCCACAA